AUGCUGAGAAAGUUGGGAUUAUCUCUCUACGAUUGACUUGAACAAAACCAAAACAGAAAGGAGCUGCAAAAGUGGUGGUGUCACUGCAAAUUCGAAAUGGGGUCGUCCGAAACGUCGUCGUACUCGUCGCCGAAGAAGAUCUUGUUCCGGCAGCUUUUCGAGAAGGAGUCCUCCACCUACACUUACCUUCUCGCAGACGUCUCUCACCCUGAUCGUCCAGCUCUGUUGAUUGAUCCAGUGGACAAAACUGUUGAUAGGGAUCUUUCUCUUGUUCAAGAACUUGAGCUAAAGCUUAUUUAUGCAAUGAACACCCAUGUUCAUGCUGAUCAUGUAACUGGGACAGGGUUAAUCAAGGGUAAGGUUCCAGGUGUAAAAUCUGUUAUUUCAAAAGCGAGUGGUUCGAAAGCUGAUCUUCUGAUCGAACCGGGUGAUAAGAUACAUUUUGGGAAUCUUUUCCUUGAGGUUCGCGCUACUCCUGGUCAUACAUUUGGUUGCGUUACCUAUGUUACGGGAGAUGGACCUGAUCAGCCUCAGCCUAGGAUGGCAUUCACUGGAGAUGCCUUAUUGAUACGCGGAUGUGGAAGGACAGACUUUCAGGGUGGAAGUUCACAGCAGCUCUAUAAAUCAGUGCAUUCACAGAUUUUUACGUUACCGAAGGAAACUUUAGUCUAUCCGGCUCAUGACUACAAAGGAUUCACUGUUAGCACUGUGGGGGAGGAGUUGCUGUACAACUCUCGUUUAACGAAGGAUGAGGAAACAUUCAAGGGCAUUAUGGAAAAUUUGAACCUGUCAUAUCCGAAGAUGAUAGAUAUAGCUGUCCCAGCAAAUAUGGUUUGUGGUUUGCAGGCAACGACAUCUGAAAUUUGAUAAGCCCUUUUCUAAUGAAGCCACAAUAUGUUGUUGAUUUGUCUCAUAAUUGCAUAGUCAUUACAAGCAUGUUCUCUUGUAUCAUCCCGUUCUAAGAACUAAUAAAUAAAUGGUGAGACUGAAUAAUGAAGAGGAAAAUCAAAACUAGAUAAUUGGCUUAAGGGAAAAUGUACUUCACAUGGAUGAUUGUACUGUAACGUG